GCACCUAACCUGCGCUGGACAUCGACUCGUCCGUAUUCUCUAAACUCUGGGAAAAUGUAUAUUGAUUUUUCAAAGAAAAGUCAACCGAUGUAACAAAACACCGUUCGCGGAGUGUUUAUACGCGUUUAGAAGCGUCGCGGUCGAUGUGCUGUGUCGUCGAGAUGGUGCGACGGUGUAUCUCGGCGCGUUCCCAGUGAGAUCGGAGAGUGUUGCGUCGCGCGGCCGACGGCCCGACGGCCCGGAGCCCGGCCGCGGCCAGGGCCUGGGCGCGCCAUGGACGCCGGCGCUGCGGACCCGCUGCGAGCGGCCAGGCCGGAGGAGGGCUCAGAGAAGAAGGGCUCGGAGGGGCAGGACGAUGGCUACGAGACGAGCAACAGCGGCGAGGCGCGCCGCAAGCCCUCCAGCGCCGAGGGCUCCCCCGCGCCCCCGGCCGCCCCCGCGCCGCCCCCCGCGCCGCACGACCCCUCCCCCGCCCCGCCCACCCCGCACAACCCCUCCCCCGAGCAGGAGCUCGAGCCGGAGCCCGAGCACGAGCCUGAACCUUACGAGCUGAUGCAGCGCCACUACCCUUACAGACACUUCGAGCAGCCCCAACCGCAGCCCGACUACCCGUUCUUCCCCAAAUACUCGGACCCGUACGGGUUCAAGCGCGAGCCCGACGCGCCGUACGACAUGUCGCAUCACGCGCACCACUACCAGCCCCAGCCCCAUCCACACCAACACCCGCACCAGCAACACCAUAAAAGAGACGAAGACAUGUAUAACGGUGUUAAACGUGAAUGCGACGACCCUUACUCGUUCGUGGAGGAGGACGCGAUGUGCGCGAUGCUCGGCGCGCCGCAGCACCACGCGCUGGAGCCGCACCAGCACCACCAGCAGAUGCACCAGCACCCGCACGCGAUGCACCCGCAGCAUCCGCAGCACCACAUGCAGAUGCAUCCGCAGAUGAUGCUCAACCAGCCCAAGAAGAGAGGACGGAAGAAGAAGAUUAAGGACGAGAAUGGGAUGGAGAUAAAGCUAGAGGGUCAAGAGGUCCGACCGGUUAAGGAGCGGAAGAAGCACGACCGCUUCAACGGCAUGAGCGAGGAGGAGGUGGCGCGCCGCACGCUCCCCGACCACCUCGCCGAGAACCUCGACAUCAUCAUUAUCGGCAUCAACCCCGGGUUGUUUGCGGCGUACAAGGGGCACCACUACGCCGGCCCCGGCAACCAUUUCUGGAAGUGUCUCUACCUGUCCGGGUUGACCCGGGAACAGAUGAGCGCCGAUGAGGACUACAAGUUGCUGAACUUCGGUAUCGGGUUCACGAACAUGGUGGGUCGCGCGACCAAGGGCUCCGCUGACCUCACGCGGCGGGAAAUCAAAGAAGGCUCUGCAGCUUUACUGGAUAAACUGCGCGCCUUCCGCCCUAAGGUGGCGGUGUUCAACGGCAAGCUGAUCUACGAGGUGUUCUCGGGCAAGAAGGACUUCUGCUUCGGCAAGCAGCCCGACACCAUCGCCGGCACCAACACGUACAUGUGGGUGAUGCCGUCGUCUUCAGCGCGCUGCGCGCAGCUGCCCAGAGCGGCCGACAAGGUUCCCUUCUACGCGGCGCUCAAGAAGUUCCGCGACUACCUCAACGGCCUCGUGCCUCACGUCGACGAGGCCGAGCUCGUGUUCCCCGACAACACCUCCCGCCGCCCGCAGGAGGAGAUGGAGAUACGCAGACUGACGAUGGAGCCCGAGCCCGGGGACACUAUCAUCCUGGAGGACGGCACCGAGGUCCCCUUGAAGAAGAAGCGCGGGCGGCCCAAGAAGAUCAAGCUGGAGAACGGGGAAGUGGCGCCGCCGCAGCCGCGCCAGCCGAGACAGCCGCGCCAGCCGCAGCCGCAGGACCCCAACGGAGACCAGCCGCCCAAGAAGAAACGGGGGCGGCCCAAGAAGAUCAGGCCCGAGGAGCAACAGUUCCUGCUGCAGCAGCAGCAGCAACAGCAGCAACAACAGCAACAGCAGCAGCAGGUUAGUGCUGUUGUGUUGUCGGGGAGUACGUGCCAGGAACACCUAACUUCCGGAGAUCAUCAACAGAAUAACAUGCUUGGUCUAGAAGUGCAUGAUAUGUUAAAGGAAUGUGUGCCCGGGCAGGGGCAGGGCCUGCUGCCGCAGCUGCCGGCCGCGCUGCACGACUUCCCCGCGCCCGCGCAGAACCCCGACAUGGACAUGAUGCCCGACUACCCGCCCUACUUCCAGCACGGAGGUAACAUGGAGUCCGGGAUGGAAGUGUCGGCGCCGCUCGGGCUGGCGCGCUACUCGUCGCCGGGCCCGGGGACCGGCGCGGGCCCGGGCCCGGGCGGCGGGUUCCCGGCGGCGUCGCCGCGCGGCGUGUACGCGUCGCCGCGCUCGGCCGGCUACUCGCCGGGCCCGCAGCGGCCGCAGGGCACGCCGCAGCCUCAGUACCCGUCGUCGCCGGCGGCGUUCUCCGCGCCGUCCCCGCCGCGCAGCAACCCGUACGGGUCCCCGGCGCGCGGCGGCGUGGGCAGCGUGGGCAGCGUGGGCGUGGGCAGCGUGGGGAGCGUGGGCGUGGGCUACCCGGGCCGCAGCCCGCUCUACGCGGCCAGCCCCGCGCCCUACAGCUCGCCGCACGUGCGCCUCGAGGACAGCUACGACCACCGCCAGCCCGAGCCGCAGUCGCAGACCCCGCGGCCGUACUCGCGCUCGCCGCUGCCGCUGGCGCCGGGCGCGGCGUUCCCCGCCGCCUCCCCCGCCGCGCACUCCUACACCCCCUCCCCCGCGCACACGCCCUACAGCCAGCACUCCUCCCCCGCGCCGCGCACGCCCACCUACCCCAGCCACCCCUCCCCCGCGCCGCUGCCGCCCCUCCCGCACCGCUCCACGGGCAGCGCCGGCUCGUUCGCCGGGGAGCUGUCCAGCGACAUCGGCGCGGCGAUAUCCUCGCCGACCGCCUCGCCGGGCCUCACGUUGGACUUCGAGCCGCCGCAUGCCGGGGAGAGCCGCGACCGGGAGCGGUCGCCGCUCGGAUCCACUGACAUGCAUCCGGGCAGCGGCAGUGAUGAGUCGCUCCAGGAUUAUAACAAGCAGGCGAACUCCGGCGUGAGCGAGAUGUCGCCGGGCGGCGUGAGCAACGUCGGCGGCGGCGGCGGCGGCGGCGGCGGCGGCGGCGGCGUGGCGUCGGGCGCGUUCGGCGCGGGGCUGUACGACGGCGCCGAGCGCCUCGCGUACCCGCACCACGCGCCGCACGCGCUGCACGACCCCGCACAUAAAGACCAUUACCACUACCGUGACCAAGGAAGCAACUUGGGUGACAGUCCACGAUUAGACCACUUACAACAGCAUCCCUCCAUGUACUCUAGCAAUUUUAAUAGAUCGACGCCUGAGGGCGGGGGUGAAGGGCCGUUCUCUCCACACGCGCCCGCUUUCCGCCCGCCAGAACACACGUCGCACUCGCGACCACCCGGAUCGCCGGGCGAGUUCGCGGGCGGUGCCAAGCCGAAGCCGCAGGACGUCGCGUCCAAAUCCCUCUCGGGGCUCGAGUCGCUCGUGGACCAGAUCCCGUCCAUCGCGGAGGGCCCGGCGGGCGCGGGGGGCGGCGCGGGGGGGGCCGCGGGCCCCUCGUCCGCGCCCGAGCCGGCCGCGCCCGUGGCCGCGCUGCCCGAGUACGCGCCCGCGCUGUACCCGCCCUACGGCUACGGCUCGCCCGCCUACGCCAACAACGGGUACGGCGCGCCGUUCGUGGGCUACGGCGGCGGCUGGGGCGGGCAGCUGAUGCGGCCGACGCCCGGAUACCUGUCGGAGUGGCAGUACGGCUACUCGGGCGUCCCGGGCGUGCCGGGCGUGCCGGGCGUCGCGUCCGUGGCGUCCGUGGCGUCCGUGGCCGGCAGCUACGCGCCCUACAACGCGCCAUACUAUAAUGGAUACGCGCCGCCCCCGGCGCAUCAUCAGCAGGCGCACUACCUGUCGCCGCCGUCGCUGAUGGAGCUGCACAAGAGCGGCGACGCGCCGGCGCCUGUGCCCGCCGUGCCGUCCGUGCCCUCCGUCGGCUUCGGCGGCUUCUGCUAGCCGACCCGGCGCCACGCCGGCACCGCGCCGGCACC